GUGGGUCUGCACCUCCGAAGAGAAGAUGGCGGCGCUGGGCGAACCUGUCCGGCUGGAAAGGGAUAUCUGCAGAGCAAUUGAAUUGUUGGAGAAAUUACAGAGGAGUGGAGAGGUGCCGCCACAGAAACUUCAGGCUUUGCAAAGAGUCCUUCAGAGUGAGUUCUGCAAUGCUGUAAGAGAGGUAUACGAACAUGUUUAUGAGACGGUGGACAUCAGCAGCAGCCCUGAAGUGAGAGCCAAUGCAACUGCAAAGGCUACUGUUGCUGCAUUUGCUGCCAGUGAAGGACACUCUCAUCCCCGAGUUGUUGAGCUACCCAAAACAGAAGAGGGCCUUGGAUUCAAUAUUAUGGGAGGCAAAGAGCAAAACUCACCAAUCUAUAUAUCGCGGAUAAUUCCAGGUGGAAUUGCUGACAGACAUGGGGGCCUCAAACGAGGAGAUCAGCUACUUUCUGUUAAUGGAGUGAGUGUUGAAGGGGAGCACCAUGAGAAAGCGGUAGAGCUACUGAAAGCAGCCCAAGGGAAGGUUAAAUUAGUCGUACGGUACACACCAAAAGUCUUGGAAGAAAUGGAGUCCCGCUUUGAGAAAAUGAGAUCAGCAAAACGCAGACAACAGACCUAAUCAUUUAAAAACUUUGUGUUCCUUUUGCUUUUAGCUAGGAAAGUUUUACUUGUGACCUACUGAUGGCCUCCACGCCAGUGAUUGUAAAACACCAGAAACUUCGGUGACCUCUUCUUGCCAUUUUAUAAAUGCCUGUUUUAGCAUCACUUAUGGUUAUAGAGAAGCAUACACUGUUUUUCUCACGAGAAAAAGUCAGAGUUGGUGAGGACAGUUCUGUCCUGCUGUUUUUACAGGCCUUUUUCAAACAGAUUUUGUCACAAAGUUGUUAUAGAUUUUUAAUAAUGCUUUUUUAAUAUUAAAAUGUACUUUUACAUUCUUAAUCUUUUUUUAAAAAGAGGUUCUCUUUAUUUGGCAACUUAUUUACAGAUAACAGCUCUCCAAUAUUUCCUUUUGCUUACUGCAGUUUCUUUGUGAAAUUUCAUUUUUCCAAGAAAUGAAACAUCGCAGUCUCGCUCGUGGCAGUUCAUCACGUUAUGAGUAUUGGCGUCUCUGCUGCCUUUUGUACUUGGAACAUAACAUAUCUAUAAUCAGUGGUAAAUCAUAGCUAUCAUGGAACCUUUUUAUUUUUAUUUAAACAAUGUAUAAUGUAUUCAUUUAUACUGAUUUAUAAAAGUUUUUAAACACUGAAGCAAUCAUUGCUAAAAUAUGUUUUUCAUAAUAUUUAAGCAGUGAGGCUGGAGGAUGUAAUCUGAUUAUUAGCAUUACCAAUUAAAUCUUUAUUUAUAUAUAACAGUAUGUCAUAAAUUAUACAUGCAAACAAGCUCAGAUUUCAACUUUUCAAGUUUUUUAUGCUGUUCAUUUGAAUUUAAAUAUAUUUCUCAUAAUUUGGUUCUUUCAUGCCUAGAGAUGAGUCAGUGCUGGGGAGAAUGGAAGUAAGACAAGGUGGUGACUUCUAACUCUGGAGCCUGAAGAGCCAUGCAUGCAUUCUUACUAUCCUAGCCUCAGCACCGGCUGGAGGUGGCAAGGGCAGGAGGGAUGUGUCUAAGAUACAGAGACAGGUGGCUUCAUAAGUCUCACCGUGGGUGGGGCUCGGGACGAUUUCUGUCUUGAUGAUUCAAAUAGUAAUGGGAGUUUGGAACAAUACUUUUUACCAUUUGUCCACUGGAUGUCACCGGUUUCCUAAAAGGCAGCUAUUGAUAAAUGAUUGGGACUAUGGUCUACUAAAAGCUGAAAUCAAAGUGAUUAAUUUUCAGUCACAGAUUAUAGGAACAUUUGUAAAGGGUGUAAGUGAUGGUGUUAAAAAGAAACCGUUGGGUUGAAAAUGGAGGAAUUUGUCAUAAUUAUGACUAUUACCUUUAUUUUUAAAAAAUGGGCAUUUUGUAACAUUCCUUCAGGAAGAAUGGAAGUGUGUAUGUUUUUCUGCAUGGUGUGAGCAUUGUGAGUCUUACAAGAUUACUGCAGUUUUCAGAGUAAAAGUCAAUCAACAUGUUAUUUAUCACUUAGGAAUUGAACACUGGAUUGUGCAUGGUUGAAUGUCUUUAGUCCACUGCAAAUGUGCUUGACAUUGAUAAGAUCAUGCUGAACUGUAUAUUUUCAGAAUUAGCUCAUGUGUUUUUAAAAUGUUGAGACCAAAGUAGUAUAGAAGAGUAUGACGUAUUUUAAUUUAAUUGUAAAAUUAUUAGAGGUAAUUGUUUUAAAACUAUAUUAAAGAAAAGCGUUGGUGCAUAUAGAACAGUACCGUUAUUGUUAUGCUCGUAUUUCUGCAUCCCAGGGUUAGGAAACCCUGAGGAACCCUUGUCUUAGUGUAGCUACUGUGGCUGCAGUUGCUCCAGAGGUCGCAUCAGCAUUCCGUGAUGGUUACAGCUUCCUGGUUUUAUGUUUCAGCUGUUGCAGAAUUUCAGCCAAGUUACUUUUUUUUUUUCUUAAGUUAUGUUGAAAAAGCUUUUUUUUUUCUUUUUCUUCAGUAACCCACAGUCUGUUCUUUGUGUGGGCCGGCACCUAUUUAUAACUCUUAAAAUAAAAACAACUUAAAGGAGCCAAAUACAUAGCUGUUCUUGGUACUGUUGCGCAUGAGUAGCAAUACUUUGCUUUCAUCGAUGCGAUUCUCCUAUCUCAGAAUUUUAAAUACUGACCAUAGGAAAGUCAGUGACAAGUGUACAGUAGUCUGCUUGUGUACUUAGGAAGGGGAUGAAUUCUAAUUAAUAUAUGGAUGAUUUGUGAAUAAAGCUAGGCAGUAAAUAUAUAAAGGGUGUUCGUUUGACUUGUAGCUUACAAAUGUAAAUUUCCCUUAGCCCCAGUUUUCCAUCUAUUUUCUUAUACAGUUCACAGUGAGUUGAGGCGACUUGGCGAUUCUUGGCCUUAGCCGUUGUUAGAUGCCCUGCAGAUGUACAACUCACCCAGGUCCCUUCCCGUGCAGCUGAUUUGUGACGCGUUUAUCCAUUGUCUGUAGAGGCUCGUCUGCACACCCAGGCUUCAGGGGUACCAGCUCAUGGACUUUCUGGUUAUGCUGGACUCUGUUUGCAAGUACUUUUAGUCUGAUGUGAUUCUAUUUCUCAGUACCUCUUUAUGGACUUAAGAGGUAUUUGGCAUUCCUUAUUAACAAAAUAAUUACAAUCUACUUUUUUUUUAAGCUCUGGCUGUCCUGGAACACUCUGUAAACCAUGCUAGCUUCCUUUUGUUUUCCCAUUUUUGUUUUCCAAAAUAAAACCUACUAGUAAUUCAAUUGUAAAAUCUUAGUGUUUUCUCCUUCUGUCCCCUUUACCUUUAAAAAAACCUAUAAAGGUUCUUAUUUGAAGAGCAUGUUUAAGUGUUGCCGAUGUGAGCGCACUGUGAGGGUGAGUCUGGCUUGUUAGAUGGGGCUCCUUUGCCUUUACUGUACUGCUAUACUACAUGGAUGUAGUCCUGUUCUUUAGGGUCUCGCUUUUUAAGAUCAUCUUCCUGUUGUAAAAGUUUAAGGCAUUUUGCUCAAGUACUUUGUUUACAGUUAAAAUGAAUAGAAUUUAAUAGAAAAUACGGUUAUGGCUUACCUGGAAAGCGUCAGCAUGACUUGGCAUAGACGUAAAAGAGUACAUGUGAUUAUACUGUGGAAUGAUACUGAUAAGGACUCUCGUAAUUGUACCUCCUGAAUAAGUCUGUGCAUUUUCUAACUUACAGUUCAUUGUCUGUUCUAGCAACAAUCUCAUUUUGUAGUUUUUAUUCUCCAAAACUUAUGAGUAAUGUUUCCUCAAAGGUUGUUGAAAUAAUAAUAGUUACAUAAUGGGGGAAAGUCAUUUGAUUAUUAAUUUUCAAGAAGUUUUAAACUAAUUUGUAACUGGACAUGGUUUUUAAAAAUAUUGGCAAAGAUUUGAUACACUUGUACUCUUUAGUUUGAGAAAAUUAUUUGGAAUGUGAAACAGUGCUUUUUCAAAUAGAUGAAUCAUUUAGCAAUUAAAUUCUGAUUCUAAGGCUUAUUUAAAAUGUAUUUGUAUGAGUCGUGCUUGUCCUUUGCAUUUGACAAAAUUGAUACAAUUACAAAUCGAUGUAUUUCUGAACGCCGUGUGUAAAACAACCUUUACAUAGAGUAAAAACCAAAAUCCGUGGUGGUUCCUGACAUGAAACUUCAGAUGUCUGUAUUUUGUUUGCCUUUCGUAAAAUAUAAGUAAAGAAAACUUUCUCUUCUGUUA